AUGAGCACUACUAAUCAACAACCACAAAAGGUAAAAACCACAGAAGAAGAAGAAGCCCUCCUUAUUCAAAAAGGAACUGGUCUUCAUUUGGAUUCUUGGCCUUACAAUUUGUGGAAAAAAUUAAAAUCUGACAUGACCUAUGAAGAAUUGGACAGAUUCAGACCUUUUCAAUCUAUGGUUUGUUUAACAGAUGGUGAUUCUGAUCCAAACAAGAAAGAAGGAGGUUUGGAAGUAAUUCCUGGAUUUGCCUCCGUUGCAGAAAGAUAUUUUCCUGCCAUGGAUCAAAAAGUUAGAAAUGGAAAAGGUUUCAGAGUUAAAUCUCCAUGGAUUAGUUCUUAUCACAUUAGAUUUAAUCAAGAGGAAGAUGAGCCAUUGUUUGAAAUGGUUAGAAAAGUUAAGAGAAUUCCUCAAGAAUGGAAAGCUCCUUCACCAAGCUCUGAAUUGACCAAGUUGGAGAAUGCAGACGAAAUGUUGGGCUAUAUGAGAAAGAUUGUAAAGGAGCAUGAUGCUUUAGAAUAUGUUCCAAUCAAGAAGGGAGAUUUCAUCUUUUUUGAUAACAGAACGGCUCACAGAAAUUCAGACGCCAAUCACAUGGAUAGACCUCGUUCAGUGUUUUAUCAUGCUUACAGUUGUACAGAUCCAGUCAACCGAAACACAAUUGAGAAAUUGAGAGAAAAGAGAAAGACUUUUGAACAUCCAGAUGAUUUUGGAACCAAGUUUAGAGUUGAGCAAAUGUAUUUGCACCCAGAAAAUGAUUUAGUACCAUUGACCCCAUUAGGUGAAUGUCUUUAUAAUGAGAAACCAUACGAAAGUAUUAUGGAAGAAAAUGGAGAAAACUCAAGCAUCUUGAGUCAAAUAUUGAAAGAGAAUGAUCAUUUCCUAACUCAAAAGCACAUUGAUUUCUUCCAUCGUUUCGGAUAUGUAGUUGUUGAAAACUGUGUUCCAGAUCAAGACUGCGAUCAAUUGCUUAAUGAGCUAUUCAAAUAUUCCUCUCUCGCUGGCUGUCCAAUUAGUUUCGAUGGUAACUCAGUUUCUCAAGUUCAAUUCUCAAACAUUGGUGGAGGGUUUGGAUCAAUGGUUGAGUUCUACUACUUGCCAAUGCAACAAAAGAUGAGAAUGAAUCCAGCUCUCUACACUUCAACUGUCAAACUAUUAAGUCAUACAUGGGGUAGUAAAACUGCCAAUGAUUGGAAUGUUCCAUAUGCUUGUCCAUUAGAAAUUGAUUCAAGAAAAUUGUGGUUAUACAUCGAUAGAAUGAAUUUCAGACUUCCAAAUCAAUAG